AUGCAAAAACGUCGCGACAAGGUGCGUGAAAUGAUGCGACAUGCCUGGAAUGGCUACAAAAAAUUCGCAUGGGGUGCUAAUGAGCUGAGUCCGUUAUCGCAAAGGGCGUUCCAUGGAGGUGUGUUCGGUCAAAAUGACAUUGGAUUGACGAUAAUUGAUGCUCUGGAUACGUUGUACAUUAUGGACAUGACAGCAGAAUACGAAGAAGGCAAAACGUGGAUCGAGCAAAAUUUCACACUCGAUAAUUACGUGGGGACGUUGGAUGCCUUUGAGACAAAUAUUCGUAUCGUGGGAGGACUUUUAUCGAUAUUUGCUCUAACUGGGGACACAAUUUAUCGGGAAAAAGCGAAAUAUGUCGCCGAUAAAUUGUUGCCGGUAUUUGACACUCCAACAGGAAUCCCCAAAGUUUUGAUAAACCUUCAAACGAAUGAGACAAAAAAUCAUGAAUGGAGUUACGGAGACAGCAGUAUUUUAUCGCAAAGUGGAUCUUUUCACUUGGAAUUUGAUUAUUUAUCGGAAAUAACGGGAGAUGCUACUUACCGAAAGAAAAUUCAUCGAGUUAGGAAUUUUUUCAAAGAUUCGAGAAAAGUAUUUGAUCUCUUUCCGAUCUACAUUAAUGCAGAAAAUGGUGAAUGGGGACUUCAUUACGUCACAAUUGGAGCUCAUGGAGACAGUUUUUAUGAAUAUCUUUUAAAAUCUUGGAUCUUAUCAGGUUACAAAGACCAAGAAAGUAAACAAAUGUCAAUUUCUGCUUUAAAUUCCAUCAAAAAUCGACUUAUUGGAAAAUCUUUUGAUGGAUUCUCGUACCUUGGCUUUUUAAAGUUUGGCGAACUUGAACCGCUAAUGGAUCAUUUGUCAUGCUUUGCUCCUGGAUUAUUCGCUUUAGCCUCAAAAUCACUCAAAAAUCCGGAAUAUCUUCGUUUAGCUGAAGACCUAAUCGAAACUUGUCAUAAAAGUUAUGAAAUUUCUCAAACAGGUCUCGGUCCUGAAGUUUUUUGGUUUACUGAAACCUCAGCUCGAGCUUCUAAAAAACUUGAAUCUAGUUUCGCUCUUCGUCCAGAAACGAUUGAAAGUUACUUUUAUCUCUGGAGAUUGACGAAAAAGCAAAAAUAUCGAGACUGGGGAUGGGAAAUUGUUGAAAGCUUGGAAAAGCAUUGUCGAACCCCGAAUGGAUUCAGUGGGAUUAAAGAUGUUUACGAUGAAAACAGCGAGAAAGAUGACAUUCAGCAAAGUUAUUUUCUUGCAGAAACGUUAAAAUAUUUGUUCUUGUUGUUUUCCGAUGAUUCCGUGCUUGGUUUGGAUCAAUGGGUAUUCAAUACUGAGGGACAUCCGUUGCCUAUAAGAAGGGAUGCUGCGUAA